UUAGCUGAACACGCAGAGUACCGUAAAUGCGUUCACCUCGCCAGAGAGGAGCAGGCAGUGUAUGGGCAUCGUCCAUUUGGCAGUCUACCAUGCUCAAACGGUCUGGCUCAUGUCCAUUACACGUUUGACUUUGCCCAACAGUUGACCCUUCCACACCAUUCCAGACAGGAAGGACCAUUGUACUUCACGUCGCCAAGAAAAGUUCAGUUGUUCGGGGUAUGCAUAGAAGGGUCAGCAGAGCAAUACAACUAUUUGAUAGAUGAAAACAACACAAUCGGCACUGAUGGUUCUCAGUCCCACGGCCCAAACACUGUCAUUUCUAUGCUGCAUCAUGCAUUUCAGCAUCAUGGUUUUGGCGAGAUGGCCUGUCAUAUUCACUGCGAUAACUGUGCAGGACAGAAUAAAAAUCGCUAUGUAAUGGCGUACUUUUGCUGGCGGGUAAUGGUUGGGUUACAUCGUGAAGUGACGGUUAGAUUUCAAAUUCCUGGUCACACCAAAUGUCUAGUUGAUGCUGGAUUCGCUCAUAUUAAGAAACUCUACAGACGGACCGACAAUGAUUCCCUUUCGGAUUUGGUGAGAACGGUAGAAAAGUCAUCGAAAGGCAACAAAGCCGUUGUCGUUGAUGAAACAUUUCAGUGGAGGGACUGGAAGUCCCUCCUUGCCGAUGAGUUUUGUCAAAUUCAAGGCAUCAGAAGCUACCAUCACUUCAGAUUUAGUGCUCUUAAUCCUGGGGUCGUGUUUGUAAAGAAGAUUUCUGAGGAUGAUGAAAGGCCGAUCACAUUAUGCCGCAGCCCCACCGCUGAUUUUUCCAGCAGUACUCUUCCUCUAGUAUUAGCCAAAAGUAUAGCUAGAAUCGUUUCGUUUUUGAUUCAGAAAAAAAUGUAAACAUGGAACUUAAUAUUUAAAAGAUUUGUUUGUUUCCAGGCGGCCUUUCUUCUGAGAGACAAAGAUAUUUAUAUAAAAGUCUGAGACCGUUUGUGAGAGAACAUGCGAGGGAUCUGACGUGCCCCGCUCCUACUGAGGAAUAAACUGACUGCUACCACAUCCAUUCAUAUCUUUGUUGAACUGUUAUUCAUCCAUUCAUUCAUUCAUUCAUUAACAUUGAUCUUCACUUGAAUUGUUAUUCAUUCAAUUCAUUCAUCUAUCGACGGAUGUUAUGUUCAUUUUUGCUGAAUUGUUUUUAUUGAAAAUAAGCUUUUGGAUCUUUCUGGAUGAAUUAUGAAGUUAUCAUUCAAGUUGUUGAAUCUCCCUUCGAUCAUUUAAAGUAAAGCGACAAUUAAAUUUGAAACGAAAUGCAUAAUCAUUUGAGAUGGCAAUUGUUAACCGAUUAGUCUAUUGGAACGAUUGUUUACGGCAUUAAAAAUUGUUGAGUUUGAUUAGAUUUUUUUCUCGAAUUUAGUUUUGAAAUACAUGUAGUUAAAAUUAAAAUAUCGGAACGUAUUAGCUGACACUUUAUUUUUAUUUAUUUAUUUUUACUUAAAUUACGAAUAACUUGUAUCAUAAAUUUCUUUCAGUUUAACAUACAAUGUAUUACAAAUUCUAAUGAUCAAAUUAAAAGUGUUUGAA